AUGGACGCAAAUCCCAGUCGUCAGCACGAGCAGGGUACUCGUCCAAAGAAGGGACGGAUGGAGGAAAGGAGAGAUCGAGAAAGUAAGAAGCCAGGCCCUCCAGUACGGAACCAGCAGUAUACCCCUUUAAACGCCCCACUUGAGCAAGUCCUUAUGCAAAUCAAGGAUGAUCCUUCCCUGAAGUGGCCGGAGAAGAUGAAGGGUGAUCCCAACAAGCGCAACAGGAACAAGUACUGUCAUUUCCAUAGGGAUCAUGGUCAUGACACGGACGAGUGUUUUGACUUGAAGCAACAAAUUGAAAAUCUCAUAAGGCAAGGGAAGCUGAGGAGUUUCCUUGGACGAGACCAGAGAGACGAGAAACAGAAGGGAAAGAUGGAAGAUUCAUCGCGACCACCACUCGGGGAGAUAAGAGUCAUCAUUGGGGGAAGUACAACUGGCCAGUCGUCCAAGUCCAAGAAAGCUUACUUGAAGGUAGUACAAAGCGUCCAGCUUUCUGGACGGUCACCAAUAGCAAGAUCCACGGACGAGCGGGCAAUUACUUUCACGGACGAGGACGCUGACAGAAUUCAUCACCCUCAUGAUGAUGCCCUCGUCAUCUCCUUACUAAUUGCAAACUACACAACCAGAAGAGUGCUUGUGGACAAUGGAAGCUCAGCAGACAUUUUAUAUUAUCCAGCUUUUCAGCAGAUGAGAUUAGGACGAGACCAGCUCCGUCCAGUGAACUCCCCCCUAGUAGGCUUUGGUGGGAUGAAGGUGCAACCAGUGGGUACCAUUUCCUUAUCCGUGAUAGUGGGGGCAUAUCCACGACAGAUUACCAAGGAUGUGAACUUCCUUGUGGUAGACUGUCCAUCCUCUUACAAUGCCAUCAUUGGGAGGCCAACUUUGAAUAGUUGGAAAGCUGUUACCUCCACUUACCACUUAUCAGUCAAGUUUCCAACAGAACACGGGGUAGGACAGGUACAAGGUGACCAACUGGCAGCAAGAGAGUGUUACUUGGCCAUGCUGGCCAUGGAUGAACAAGUUUAA